GACCUCUCCUCUCUCUGUGGCAGACAUGGGCUCCCAUAUCGUGCAGAUCCUCGGUCAAGGUGUGUGGGCUGCUCUGACAGGAGGAUGGUACCACGACCCCGAGGACAGCCAGUUCAAUAACAUCUGUCACCUGUACCUGUGGGUGUUCCUGCUCCUGUUACCUCUUGCCAUGCAUUUGGGCUUGCCUGCAACAAGACUCACGCUAUGCCUUUACUGCAUAUCUACAACUGUGCUGUUUACAGUGAUUAAGUUUGUCAGUUUCCGACUGCAUCUAAUGUUUGACAAAGGAAUGGUGGCCAAUCAUAAAAAACACGUCGAAAAAGCCAAGAAGGCCAAAGAUGCUGCUAGCAGCGUCAAUAUUUCAAGCAACCACACAGCUCACGGGUAA